AUUUGCUUGAAUUAUAAGACGAAAGAACUUGUGCAACAUUUUACAAUGUUGGAUAUGUAAAAGGUUUUCUGAAUGACAAGCACAGGCUGAGAUUUGCUUGAAUUAUAGCCGCAAGGACUUGUGCAAGUUCUACGAUGUUGGAUAUGUAAAAGGUUUUCUGAAUGACAAUUACCGGCUAAGAUUUGAUUGAAUUAUAAGACGCAAGAACUUGUGCGACAUUCUACAAUGUUGGAUAUGUAAAGGGUUUUCUGAAUGACUAACAUAAGCUGAGGUUUAUAUCUAAUUGAGUAGUGUCCAGCGGUGACCAAUUAUUAUUAUCGAUCACUGAAACAGGUGUGAUUGACAAUAGCUAUUGAAUAACAUACAACAUGUACUUCUGAUAGAACUACAAUACUGCUGUGUGUUGCUUAGCAACCGUUUCUCGCGACAUUCAGCAUCCCAAUUAGCAAAUCGUUAUCGAGAACGCUGUGACGUAAAGCGGUGAAAAUGCCGCCACCAAAUAGCCCGCCAUAUCAGACGAGUAGUCGCCCGUUGCUCGGCGUUAAAGCACGAAGUCAACCGACUAGUAAUCAAACGUCUAUCGCAAGUCGAGGGCAACAGUCGCCGUUCAACGCUGUUGCUCCGACCAUGGGUAACGGGGCAAGUGCUACUAAAAUUGUGAUAGAUGGAGAGACGUUGGAUUUAGUAAAAAUUAAACAAAUAAUUCCUGAGCUGAGGAAGGAAUUAAAACAGAAAGAUGCAAGAAUUCAACAAUAUGAGCAAGAGUUAUAUGAAAAAAGUAAACUAUUGGACGAAAGAAUAGCGGAUGUAAAUAGAUUAAAAGAAGAGGUACAUAAACUUAAAUCAGUGUUACAAUUAAAGGUUCACAAGGAUGGUAAGCCUGAUAUUUUAGCAACGAUACAGGAAGAUGGGGCUGUCACUCAGGGACACGAAAGGGCCAAGAAACAGGGAGUUUCGGGAGAAAGUCCUAUGACAAUCGGAGAAGGGCAUUUGGAGAUUAAACAUUUCGAAAAGGAUUUUAGAUCCAAACAGCUUAUUAAGGAUGCAAUUUUAGACAAUGAUUUCUUGAAGAAGUUAGAUUCUACGCAAAUACGGGAGGUGGUAGAGUGCAUGUAUGAAAAGCAGGUCAAACAGGGUCAUUAUAUUAUACGAGAAGGGGAUGCAGGUCAACAUCUAUAUGUGGCAGCAGAUGGUGAACUGGAAGUUCUUAAGGAGACGAAUGUGCUUGGAAAGAUGGCAGCAGGGAGAGCAUUUGGUGAACUGGCUAUAUUAUAUAACUGUACAAGAACUGCUUCUGUCAGAGCGGUCACUGAUGUUAAAGUAUGGGUGCUGGAUCGGAGGAUUUUCCAGGCCAUCAUGAUGAAGACUGGUCUGCAAAGACAAGAAGAAAAUGUCAACUUUCUCAAAAGUGUGCCUUUACUGCGAAGUUUACCAGCAGAGAAAUUAUCCAAGCUGGCUGAUGUUCUUGAAGUGGACUUUUUCCACGAAGGAGAAUAUAUCAUUCGAGAAGGGGCUACAGGGGACACAUUUUUUAUUAUCAACAAAGGAGAGGUGAAGGUCACUCAAACGAUAGCUGGUUUUGAUGCUCCACAGGAAGUUAGAAAACUCAAAAGGGGAGACUACUUUGGAGAAAAAUCAUUGCUCAGCAUUCACAGACCUGGAUACAAGAUUAGUGAAGACAGAAGAACUGCAAACGUACUUGCUCUGGCUCCUGGCGUAGAAUGUUUAACAGUAGACAGAGAAUCAUUUAACCAACUGAUUGGUACUCUAAGUGAAUUGAGGGAGAAAGACUAUGGUGAUGAAGCAAGGGGAGUACAAAAACUGUUUGUAGACCAUGUAACCGGUUUGAAAAAGUUAACAAGUGUAGGUGCAGGAUCUGAUGGAGUCGUGUCACCAACUGUUGACCGGAUUGAUCCGGAAUAUCAGUUUAUACGUCUUGAAGAUAUGGAGAUAGUAGCUACACUUGGGAUGGGUGGUUUUGGUCGUGUGGAACUGGUGCAGCUGGCUGCAGAUAGAAGUAAGACAUUUGCUCUCAAGUGCCUUAAAAAGAAGCAUAUUGUUGAAACUAGGCAACAAGAACACAUUUAUUCUGAGAAGAAAAUUAUGAUGGAAUGUAGAUCUCCCUUCAUCACGAGGUUAUACAAAACAUUCAAGGAUCGUAAAUUUGUGUACAUGAUGUUGGAAGUAUGUUUAGGUGGUGAAGUGUGGACUAUAUUAAGAGAUCACGGAAGUUUUGAUGAAACAACAUCACGAUUUGUGGUGGCAUGUGUGCUAGAGGCAUUCCAAUACCUUCAUUCCAAGGGUAUCAUUUACAGGGAUCUGAAACCUGAAAACUUGUUAUUAGAUAAUAGAGGCUACAUUAAACUGGUUGAUUUUGGUUUUGCAAAGAAGAUUGGUUUUGGGCGUAAAACAUGGACGUUUUGUGGAACCCCAGAGUAUGUUGCUCCUGAGAUUAUCCUGAAUAAGGGUCAUGACUUCGCAGCGGAUUACUGGUCGUUAGGAAUACUCAUGUUUGAAUUGCUGACAGGGAGUCCACCAUUUUCCGGCUCAGACCCCAUGAGGACAUAUAAUAUCAUUUUGAAAGGGAUAGAUGUAAUUGAAUUUCCCAAGAAAAUCUCUAGAAAUGCUCAUGUGCUCAUCAAAAAGUUAUGUCGUGAUAAUCCAACUGAAAGACUUGGUUAUGGCAAAAAUGGCAUUGUUGAUAUUAAGAAAAACAAAUGGUUUCAGGGUUUUGACUGGGAUGGUUUGGUAAAGAGAAGUAUGGUACCCCCUCUUGUACCAAAGGAGGACACACAGAGUAGAUUUUUAGACUUCAAACAGGUGAAGGGACCUGCAGAUUACAGCAAUUUUGACCAUUAUCCAAAAUCCCUUGAGGUACCUCCUGAUGAGCUUUCAGGCUGGGAUACUGACUUCUGAACAAUUCACUCAUGAUAUAUUCUGUGAUAUACGCAUUACAAAGGUAUGCACACAUUGCUUGGUUA